GAACGGACCACCGAGCGCGGAUAGGGGGGGCCGGGAGCUGUGGGCGGGCUUCUGCCGCGGCCUCCGGCGCGCCUCCCCCUCAACCGGCCUCGCGCGGUGGUUUGCUCCAACCGCGGCGCUCCCAGGCUCCCAGGCUCCCGGCUGCGGGCAGCGGGCAGCGGCGUAGCGGCUCAGGCUGCCCUCGGCGUAGUAGACUCCGCCGCACGCCGCGAUGUUGGGGUUGCUGGUGGCCUCGUUGGCCCUGGCACUCUCCUUCUUCGCGCUGCUGGAUGGCUGGUACCUUGUGCGCGUGCCGUGCGCUGUGCUGCGCGCGCGCCUGCUGCAGCCGCGCGUCCGCGACCUGCUGGCCGAGCAACGCUACGCGGGCCGCGUGCUACCUUCGGACUUGGAUCUGCUGCUGCAUAUGAACAACGCGCGCUACCUGCGCGAGGCUGACGUGGCGCGCGCUGCGCACCUGACUCGCUGCGGCGUGCUUGGGGCGCUGCGCGAGCUGGGGGCGCACGCCGUACUAGCCGCCUCUUGUGCGCGCUACCGCCGCUCCCUGCGCCUGCUUGAGCCCUUCGAGGUGCGCACCCGCCUGCUAGGCUGGGACGACCGCGCCUUCUACUUGGAGGCGCGCUUUGUCAGCCUGCGCGAUGGCUUCUUGUGCGCACUGUUGCGUUCCCGGCAGCACGUGCUGGGCACCUCGCCCGAGCGCGUCGUACAGCACUUGUGCAAGCGCAGGGUGGAGCCCCCCGAGCUGCCCGAAGACUUGCAGCACUGGAUCGCCUACAAUGAGGCCAGCAGCCAGCUGCUCCGGGCUGAGAGUGGACUCGGUGAUGUCAUCAAGGACCAGUGACUGCUUCCUCCACUGCCUGCCCAUCAGCUUCUGCCUAGGGGCAGUUGGUUACCUACCCAGCUGGUCAGUUAUCCUGUCCCACAAAACAGGCAGGCCAGGCUGGUCUCCAGCUGGAGGGACCUUGUGACCGCUGUAGCCCCCUUCACCUGCUUGACACCCUCUGCAGAGCCCCAUACUGGACAGGAUGGAGUGGCAUUGGUGCCCUGACCUAGUUUUGUCCCCUAGUUGGGGAUGGAUGGCAGAGGGGGCCCUGACCAUCCCUCUAGUAAGACCACUAUGCCAUAGUUCCAGGUAGGGGAAUGUACCUGAAGCAGAGGGACAGCAACAGUGGCCUGAGCAUGGACCUGGGUGGCAGCUAUGUGCAGAGUGGAGCAGGGCCCAGAGCAGUCCUGGGCAUGGCCUGGCACUCUGCAGGACGGCUCUGGUCCUCAGGCAGCAGGCCUUCUGAAGUGACAGUAGCCCUGCAAGGCCACUCCUUCUGCCUCCAGUGAGAAUCAGGCUCAGGGAAGAGGAUGGGGCGGGGUGGAGGUGUGGUAGAAAGCACCUGGGAGGGCACACUGGCAGUGCCUGCCCCCGAGGACAGGGUCCCCAGGCUCCCCUGGUACAGAAUUGGUCUCCUGCCUCUCCUUUCAGGCUGGGUGGUAGGGCAGGGCAGGCAACUGGGACGUGGCUCCUGGAAGGAUUGCUGGGAGUGUUAGAGUCAGGGAGGGAAGAGCAGGGACAUUCUGCAAGGGCUCCUUCAGCUGCCUGCACCCAUCUGUACCCACUGGGGCUGUGCUACCUCUGACUGAAGCCUGCCCUCUCUGGUCCAACAGCACCUCUUGACCCCAGCGGUGCCUGCCCCACACCCUGCCCUGCUCUGAGGGCUGCUCCCUGCAGGUACUGGGGCCAGGGAAGGGUCUUGUGUUCUCUGUGGGACAGGUCCCUGGGCAACUGAGUGGUCUGUUCUGACAGCUGCUCUCAGCCUUCCUGAUGGACACUGGGAGCUGGCUGAGGCUGCCUGCUCCUGCCUGAUCCCAUACCUUACAAUGGGGGAAACUGAGGCCUGGACCAACCCAGAGCUACUGAGAACACCCAGGACCGAGCAGGACUGGUCCUCAGGCUCUGGUCAUGCCCUCUCUAGCUGGGGUACUGAGUCCAGGAGCCCUGGGUGUGGGGGUCUCUGCUUGCCUGCUGAGGGCUCUUGGCACCUGUCUGUACCCCCUUGCCUGCCCUGCCAGCCCAGGUGAGGACAUCAGCUGGGAAGUCAGAACUGCCUCUUCCAGGAACUCCCCCUGGAGCCAGAGUAGGAUCUUCAUCAGUACCCUGGACCCCUCCCCGCCCCCUCACCCCAAUGCUGCUGUUCUUGCCAUAGCUGUACCUUAUUUAAAGAAAGCACAAGAUUAAAGAGUUUUA